AUGCAUCCUCGGCAAGUCACAGUACCGGUGGCGCUCUUUGCAGCACUAGCGUCCGGAUAUGCAAAUCCGGAGGGCUGCUCUGGAGCAUGCGUUGUUUAUGACCCUACAAUCAUUCAAAGAGCAUCGGAUGACCUAUAUUUUCGGUUUUCCACUGGAAAUGAAAUCUCAUACGCCAGCGCUUCGAGCUUGUUAGGACCAUGGACGACCAUUGGAUCCAUGCUACCAGAUGGCUCGUCGAUUGAUCUCGCUGGAAACACGGACCUCUGGGCCCCCGAUGCGCAUUACAUCGACGGCCUUUACUAUGUCUACUACGCCGUUUCUACCUCUGGAUCGCAGGACUCAGCUAUUGGUCUCGCAACCUCCGAAACAAUGGAUCUAGAUUCUUGGACCGACCAUGGCUCCGUUGGUGUUGAAUCUUCGUCUGCGAAGAUCUACAAUGCGAUUGAUCCAAGUUUGAUCGAUGUCGACGGCACCUACUACCUGAACUUUGGCUCGUUCUGGGAUGACAUCUAUCAAGUGGAGAUGAACUCUGCGGCAACUGCUGCCAGCGGAUCUUCGUACAACAUUGCCUACUACCCGGAUAGUACCCAUCAAGAGGAAGGAUCUUACAUGUACAAGUAUGGAGACUAUUAUUACCUAUUCUACUCCUGGGGUGACUGUUGUGACUAUGAUACGGAUCUGCCUGCCUCAGGACAGGAGUAUCACAUCAAGGUCUGUCGCUCGGAGACUGCAACGGGUAGCUUUGUCGACGCGGAUGACCUUGCAUGCACCGAUGGAGGCGGCACAAUUGUUCUAGAAAGCCAUGGGGAGGUCUAUGGACCUGGAGGGCAGGGUGUAUAUGACGACCCUACCUACGGUACUGUGCUUUACUAUGCCUACACAAACACCAGUAUCGGUUAUGCCAAUGAUGAGAAGCAAUUUGGCUGGAACGUCAUUGAUUGGUCGACUGGAUGGCCUGUCGUUUAA